AUGUCGGCAAAUAACAUACAAGAUACUACUCACAGAUUUUCUGAUGUAGCUGGAGAACCAUGUAUUAUGUUAGCACCAAUCGAAGGUUUCAAUAAAAAACCAUUAGUUACACUUGAAGAAGCUACUAAACCAUUAGAAAACAUCGUUCCUCGUAUUAGUACAUAUGUAUAUGUAGUCAAAGAACGUGCUAAAAAUCCACCAGAUGAUCUUUCAGUUGAUGAAUCAGCUGCCAUUGCAUUAUAUACAAUGGAAUGGGGACCAUAUACAGAAUCACUUUAUUAUAUUCUUAAUAACACAUUACGCAGUGAAGAUCGAAAAAGUUUGAAACCAUGGUUUCUUUAUCUUAAGCUUAUCUGUACUGCUUUAUCUCGUCUUCCAUCGAUAAAUUUAACUGUUUGUUGUCCCGUUGAGGAUAUAAUCGAAAGUGAACAUGAAAAAUAUGAAGUAGGAAAAAGACUCGUUUGGUGGAGUUUUGUAUCAUGUUAUAGGAGUGAUGACACUUUCCAGAACGAUUAUGUUCUUGGACAAACUGGUACAAGAACAUUCUUUAUUAUUGAUUGUAUGGCAGGAAAAGAUAUUGGAAAACAUUCAUAUUAUAGAAGAGAAAACGAAGUAUUACUUUUACCUGCUACUUAUCUUGAAGUUAUUAGUUAUGACUCAGUAGAAAAUAAUUUACAUGUCAUUUAUCUUCAAGAAAUUGAAUCAUCACAUGUUCUAUUGGAACCUGUAUCUUCAGAAAAAGAAAGUCGAAGUUUAAGAAAAAUGUCAUCGUGGAAAAGUAAGGUACGAACACCAAUAAUAUUUGCUACAGCUCUUGAACGUUAUCGCACUGCCAGACUUAAUGAAUGGAUUCUACGAUGCAAGUCUGAUUCUGAUGCUUAUCUAAAUGGACAACAUCUUACUAAAUAUGGUGUUCAAGUUGUUGUUGAACAAUUAUUGAUCGAUAAACAUUGUCGAGUAUUAUUUGUAAUGGAAAGUCAUAUGACACCUGAAGGAGCAUUGAUCAUAUCGGAAGCUUUACGUAAUAAUGAUACACUAGUAAAAUUAUUUCUUUCUCACAAUAAACUUGGUGAUGAUGGUACAAAAUUUCUGGCUCGAGCACUCUCAUGUGAUAAUAAUUCAACUCUUAGAGAACUUUCUCUUUGUCAUAAUGGUAUUACAGAUCAAGGUGCUGAAGAUUUAGCAAGAAUGCUAGCAUCAAAUGAAACACUAACUCAUUUAUGGUUAGGAUCGAAUAAAAUAAGUGAUCUUGGUUUAGAACGAUUAUGUGAAGUUCUUAUUAGCAAGAAUAAAACUUUACAAGUACUUUCACUUGAAUGGAAUAGAUUUCGUAGUUAUACAAAAUUUAAUAUUCUUGUUGAUAUGUUGGAACAAAAUGAAUCACUGAUGUUACUUAAUUUAGAAAAUUGUCAACUGUUUAGACAUGGUGUUGAACAAUUAAUAGAUUCAGCGAAGAAAAAGGAAAAUUUUGAAUUACUAAUAAACUAA